CUCCUGUUACCAUGACAACCAGGUGAUUAGCUCACCUGGCCGCAGAGGGGAAGCUGUUCCUCCACAGACACAGAACAGACAGAGACGCCGUUUCUGCAGCUUCAACAUGAAAACUGCUGCUUUCAUUAUCGGACUCGUCUUUAUCUGCUGCGAGGUCACAGAAAAAACAACAGCUGAAGGUCAACUGGAGGGUUUUGCGGAGACUGUUCAGUCGGAGUGUCGGGAUCGUUACCUGUGGAUCCGCGUGGCCUCAGGACAGACGCCUCGCUUCGAGGCUGUAGAUGGAAAUGGUGUCCACUCCAUCAGCAAGCAGCUUGCCUCGCGCUGCGGUUACACCAUCAGCACAUUCAAGAUGGACGGCUCCACCACCUUCAGAGCUUCAUACUACUCCUGCUUCACCCACAACCAGAACGACGAGACGUUCACCUUCAAAUUUAACGUGAUAGUGAGCGACGCUGGUGGCGUGCAGAUCACCCAGCCCGUUUCUGCAGUUUGUUCUGGUCUGAUCUGGACUCACAGAGAGAUCAUCUGUGAGGAGGACUACAUGGAGGUGAACGUGAACAGACAGUUUUCAUGUGGAGGGCAGCGGGGGGACAGUGGACAGAUGUGGCAGGCCGCCAUCGCUCAGGCUCAGAGGACAGCAAGUGUUGUCUGGCAGCUGAUGAUCCUGCAGAGUAAUGGACAGGUUUCCUUCAUGUCAAUCAGUGAAGCCCAGAGGCAGGGCUACAGCCUGACCACCGCCGCCCAGAGGGUGGUGCUUCGAUCUCGGUACAAACAGCCGCACGCCGAGCUGACAAUGGUGGACGGCGUCGCCAUGGAGAUCAUCCGGGUUUCUCUGUUCUUUAAGGAGAAGCUGAUGGUGGUAAUGAUUGAUGUGUCCAUGGCCUGCACAGUCAAUUCGGGUUCUUUUGACGGCACCCGGCUGCUCUGGGAUGUCCCACGGGUUGUGACCCCUCUGGUCGGGGAGGGAGCAAGGUUUGAAAGUCGGAGUCUCAGUCUGGGGGUGGAGGGGGUGCUGCUGGACGAACCCACUGCCGCCGCCAGAGGAUUCACUUUAGUCCAACAAGGAUAUCUGAUCCAGAUCGGGGUUCCUUUUGGGGAGGAGGGCGGCUACAGGAAGAGUUUGGUGGUGAACAACACGUACAAGGAGACGUACAUGAUCUACCUAUUAUACGAACACGUCUUCUCUCUACUGUAUGAAGACGGCAGCAGCAUCGACACGAGACACCGAAUGCUUAGAGUACUUGACACACCGCUGCUCUGCCGUCAACCCUUCAGCCUCGACAAGACCAUGAGUGACGAGCAAGUGUUCAGCGUCUACCUUGGAAACAUUCCUGCUGAUGUCAUAUUAGAGGAAGUCCGGAUCAACGGGAAGCAGCUAAUGAUGUCAGAGAGUGCUGAAACGGGCUACAGCAUCACACCUAUUGUCCACAUCAACAGCAGCCGAGCCUACGAGCUCCGGCUGCCUUUCGAGGAUGCCGUCGUCCACAGGAUGUACCUUGGUCAAGGUGUGGUGCACUACACCAUAGACAUAAACUUCACUUUAACCAUCAUGCCUCAGAGAGACUCCUACUACCACCAUGCAGUCAUCAUAGCACAAGUACUCAAUGCAUUCCCUCCGGAGAUCACGGCUCAGUGUUCAGACGGAGGAAUCACCUUCAGCGUGGUCAGACCACCUAGAGCUGAGAGUCUUUGGGAGGUGGGCGUCGACCACGAGCCUCUGACAUUACAGCUGGCGACCCAAAGAGGGUACCGCCUCCAUAACGACACCCACAGAACCACGCUGGAAAUCCCUGUGUUCUCCGUCGGUUACACCUAUGAGGACAUCAACUUGUCAAACUUCUAUGGAACAUUUAAGCUUGUUCUGAGAGACUCCAAAACUCUGGAGGUUCAGACAUCAACCUCCAAACACUGCCUCUUCAAAACACAGGACAUGAUAGUCUGUUCUGCAGAUGGAACUAUGACAGUGGUGACGACGCUGACCUCCACCUGGCCUACAGUGCAGUCUGAAAAAACCACUCUGCUGGACCCCACCUGUGGACCCAAACAGGCAGAUGGAACCAGAGUCCUGUUUGAGUUCAAGCUCGACUCUUGUGGUACCAGAGCCAUGGUCGGGGAGCAUUACGUGGUUUAUGAGAACGAGAUUCUCCAUGACAGACAGGUGAUCGCAGACGGUCCAAACUUCAUCUCCAGAGAAUCUCAGUUCAAGUUGACAGUGAGGUGCUUCUAUCCACUUAAUGGAAUCAACAGACUGUCAGUGGACAGGAUCUUCAGAUCAGAGACUCCUGGAUUUGGUUCAGUCAAAGUCUUCAAGAGCCUUAAAGAUUCCGCAAAUAAUCUCCCUGCCCAAGACUGUUCACAUCAGGUUUCUGGAUAUGCUGUCAACACCCCAACUAACCAGGGCCACCAAACCCCAGCGGCAGGUGGAGUCCUGCCUCACCUGGGUACCAGGCCUCGGCCCAAACCUGGACCCAGCCACUUCAUCACAGUGCCAGGAGGACACAACAAGCCACUCCACUCGUCCCCAAACCUCAAUCUCUCUCCUCCUGAACGUCCAACCAUCGGUACCCACCAAGUCCCUCUGCAGUUUUCAUCUCAUCCUGGUUAUCUAAUGUCCCAGACACAGGACCAACAUGUAUUCGGAUCUCCAACUGGCAACCAUCUCCCUAACUUUCCUCCCAGAUACAACCCGUUACCAGAAAACGGCAUCCAGCUGUCAAACCUGAACACACAGAGCUUAAAAUUUGUAGACGUAAGAGGUGAAAAUUCGGGCCGAACUGAUGACAACCCGGCCUUGGGCUGGAGUUCUUCCAGCAGGAUUCCUAUUUCUCCAGUUGUGAAACAGUUGGAAAGUGACUGGGGAAGCUCCAGUCAACCUCGAACGCUACAGGGUCCGAACAGUAUAGGUGAUAACGUUGGGCACUAUGGCUUAACAUGGGACCAGCCCACUUUUAGCCAAAAUGGUAUCAUCAAGCCAAAUCAAGACGUGCAGAGUCUUAAAGUCGAUCUUUCUCCUGGCAUGCAAGAACUGACCCAGCAGCAUGAGGCCAAUCUGGAUUUGACCAUUUACGGGUCCUCAGGUGUUGGGAUGAAAGUGGCCAAUACUGAAGAGAUACCUGGAUACCAGCCACGAAGUCAGUAUUAUCCUUCUCAAACCUCUCAGUUUCACCCAGUCUUUCAACCACCAGCUCAGUACAGCCCAGACCACAAUGGCAGCGACAAAUACAUCCCUGCUUAUACCAAACAGAUCACAGCCAAAAAUAGUAUCUCAGACUUGUCUGAAGAGACACCGGGGUCUGUGAGCACUGAACCGACAAACAGCCGAGUUGACCAAAACCUGGAAAAACCAGGGUCCAUUGAAAGGAGAAACAUUGAGAAGGUGCAGAACAUCAGAGUCAAGCCUCAGGGUAAAUUCUUUACUUCUGGACAUCUCAACCAGACACCUUUAAUCCAACAAGCAAACUCUCAAAUCUCUAAUCCCUCACAAUAUGCCACUAGUCCGACCACUGUCAACAGUGAUGGGAAGGGCUGGACAUCCCAACAGCUUCCUGAACACAGAGGUUCAAACAUAAGAGAGGAACAUGUGCCUGAGAGAAGAAGUUUCUCAACAAUGAAGCAGGCACAAAAUCUUCAUAGUAUCACAGUCAAAUCAGAUCAAUCUGCAGUGAUCCCCCUCACUGAUCUGUCCACAAACCAGCAAGGACACCAGCAGAAACUGGUCCAAUCAGUGGCUGAGACACGAAACAGUGGAGGACAGGGAUCUGCUUUUACUCUGAGAAACGCUGUUCAACCAACAGGAACAUCUCACAUCAGAGUCAGACCUCUUUCCGGUCUCCUAGGAAGACUCCAAACCCGUGACGAACACAAAUUGCAGAACCUCCAGAACCCCACCACUCAGUUUGAUACGAGAGGAGGAACCAGCAGGACGUCCUACCUCGGCUUCACACCACAGAACAUCCCAAACACUGUUAACAUCAGAGAAUAUCACCCAAACAAUCCCAAAAGUAACAAGGACCUGAAUCCCACUGCAUGGGGAGCUGGGUUUACUGGUUCUCACAUGGGUACUAAUGGUUCUGGUGGUUCAGACCUGAAGAGCCACACCAGAUCUGACUGUGGUGGUCAGUAUGGAGCCAGUCUUCACCAAGGCAUCAUGAGAGGUAAACGGAGCAGCUGAUGAAGAACAGAAACUUCCAGAAACACUGUCUGCAGAAUCUGAUUCAAUAAAGCUUCAGUUUGUUGAAAUUCAAA